AUGAAAUUCGGCCAUGAUUUCAAGCAGUCCUUGGCAAGUCAAGGCUUCCCGCCUCACUGGGUCGCUCAAGCGAUCCCGUAUGGCCAGCUCAAGAAAUGCCUCAAAAAAGUUCAACGAGAACUUCAAGAGCUGGGCCUUGAUGCUGAGACGUUGAAAGCGCUUCUUGACUCUAAUACGGACUCUCCAGUUGCUUUGAAUUAUAGUCUUAACGCCUCCUCGAAUUCUACGCUCGUCCGGCCAAAGCUGACUGUAUUCAUUCAUUUGCACGAUGGCAAUAUCGUUGACGCCUCUUUGACGCCGACCACUCGUCAAUUUUUUGAGAAAAUCUCCUCGGGUUCAGCAGUUAGCCACUCUGAUGAUGAAAAGGAAUCUGCGUUGGCAAAUAUCUCACGCUUCAAGACGACAGACAAGGCGACAGACAAGGCGACAGACAAUACCCCAAAAGACAAUACCACGGACAACGCAACGAACAACACAGCGGAUAAAGGAGCGGACAACGCGACGGACACGACAACAACCGCAGCACCACAAACAGAGGCAAGCCACCAUGAUGAGGAACGUCUUGAAAGAAUAGAAGUGCCUCUUGUAUUCGACAGCGUCUUCUUUGACAUGCUUCUAAGCGAUGUCAGCAAUCUGGACGCCUUACAAACCACUGAGCAGAAUCACUUACAAGAAGAAGUCAAAGAGCUUGGGAAGCAAGUAUCGCAAGUAUCACGGCCGACCCGCUUCUCUAAGAGUGAUAUCGACCGCUGGAGGCGUAUAUUCGAACUAUAUCUGGAUGCAGAGAUCUUUUUUGCAACACACGAGCGUGAACAUGGGGCUCGUUCCAGCCAGAAAGCUCUCAAGCAGUUGCAGUGGUUCCAGGGAGAGGUCAAGAAACAAGAGCUUGUUAGCUCAUUUAAACUCCCAGAAAGUCGAACCGCCUUCUCGAAAUUCCUCGAAUUAAAUCUGGAUCUCUUAAAACACUUACAGUUCCAAGAAUUAAACGUAUUAGCAAUCUCCAAAAUCUUGAAGAAAUUUGAUAAGCGGACGGCGCUGGGCGUCUCUCGUGCUUUGCCAGCAGCAAUUAACUCCCGAAGAAUAUUGUCCGACCAUAUUUCCAAAGCAGUGUGCGCUCGUAUUUCCGAUGAGCUAGUGUCCAUUAUACCCCAAAUUAAUGAUUAUCUUUGCCCGAUAUGCUAUUCCCUGGCGUAUCAACCAGUUCGCUUAGACUGUCAACACGUUUUCUGCAUUCGCUGUAUUAUCAAGAUCCAGCGACGCAAAGAGGAGAGCUGUCCCUUGUGUCGAGCUCCCGUUGUCAUGAAUGCUUCCAUUGACAACCUUGAUGCGGAAUUAGAAAAAUUUAUGAAAAAAUAUUUUAUGAAGGAGGUAAAGGAGAAACAACGCGCUAAUGAAAUAGAACGGGGGAUAGAAGAGUUUGGACCAGGCUAUACACGGUCUGAAUGCAGCGUUAUGUAA